AGGAAGCGAAUGUCAGUCGGGGGAUGCUGCCUCCAUUUCUGCACAAAAAUGAACUCUGACAGCGUUUUUCCUCACACGUCCGGCUCCGGCGGGCGAACAAGGACGAGCGCAGUGUCUCUGGUUGUCAACCAAAUCGUUUAAGAUUGUACAGCAGCGAGAAACGAAAGCGAAGUCCGAGUUUGUGCGCAGCGGACUGUGAGAGAGCCUGUGUCCCUGGUACAUGCUCCGCUCUCCCGCUCUCCCGCUCUCCCUGCGGUGUGGCUGUCCGCUCCACUGUUUUGGUUCAGUUUGUACAUGUUUGUGUGGCCCGGCGCAUCGAAAGUUCGCGAAACACGAGGAGUAGUGCAGCGCCAAAUGGACCGGUGAGCCAUGGCAGCGAAAGACGAGCUUUACGCCAAAGUUACGCCGCGGAGGCAGCGCCAGACCCGGCCGGGCACUGUCAAACACGGCUCCAGCCUGGACGUGCUGCUGUCCAUGGGCUUCCCCAAAACCAGGGCGCUGAAAGCACUGGUUUCGACCGGCGGCCGAAAUGUACAGGCGGCCUGUGAUUGGUUGUUCUCCCAUGUGGACGACCCAUUCCUGGAUGACCCCUUGCCGCGGGAGUAUGUGUUGUACCUGCGGCCAAGUGGGCCUCUGCUCCACCAGCUCUCUCACUUUUGGCAGCAGAGUCGGGCCAUGUGCGGCAAGAACAAGGCUCACAACAUCUUCCCCCACAUCACCCUCUGCCAGUUCUUCAUGUGUGCAGAUGCAAAGGUGGAAGCUCUGUGCGAGUCACUGCAAACGGUGGUGGGACAGUGGCGAGGCCGCUUCCCCUCCCCUCUCCCCCUGGAGCUCUACACCUCUUCCAACUUCAUUGGGCUCUUUGUGGAUGAGAAGGUGGCUGAGGUGCUCAAGAGUUUCGCAGCUGACUUUGCCGCUGAGGCUGCUGCGAAAGCAGAUGUCCAUGUGGAGCCACACAAGAAGCAGCUGCAUGUGACUUUGGCCUACCACUUCCCCACCAAUCACCUCUCCUCCUUAGAAAAGCUGGCCAGAGGCGUGGAUGUGUCACUGGGCUGCGAUUGGCUCGCCGUUCUCUUCUCACGGGACAUCCGAUUCGCUAAUCAUGAGACCUUGCGAGUGAUGUACCCCUACGCACCCCAGAAUGAGGAUGAGCUGGAGUUGGCUCCAAAUGACUUCAUCUUCAUGUCCUCAAUGGAGCAGGGCAGUGCCAGCGAGGGCUGGGUGUAUGGGACCUCGAUGGGCACAGGGCUGUCUGGUCUGCUGCCCGAGAACUACGUCAGUCGAGCCGACGAGUGUGACACCUGGGUCCUACAUGCGUCCCACUCCUUCCUCAACUGCACCUCCCCCACUAAUAGCGGUGGGGCAAUGGGUGGAUCUUUUCUUGAUGGACAGCUGGAUGGCCGUCUCCUUGACGACCCCAGCCUAGUGGACCCGGCUAGUCUCAAUGUCAUAUGCCACCCGAUGCAGAUGCUGCGGACCAAUAGCCAGUCUCUAUUGCCCAAGCGGACACUGUUUGUGUGUCGCCAUGGUGAGAGGAUGGACGUGGUGUUUGGGAAACACUGGAUCACCCAGUGCUUUGAUGCCAAAGGGCGUUAUAUGCGAACCAACCUCAACAUGCCAUGUAGUCUUCCAGCAAGAAGUGGUGGAUACAGGGAGUAUGAUAAGGACUGUCCCAUCACUGUGUUUGGAGCCACACAGGCUCGCCUAGUCGGUGAGGCCCUAUUUGACAGUCAUACGGUGAUAGACUUUGUGUACUGCUCUCCAUCCCUACGGUGUGUGCAGACAGCCCAUAAUAUCCUCCGAGGUCUUCAGCAGGAUGGGAAGACUAAGAUUCGAGUUGAACCGGGUCUCUUUGAGUGGACCAAGUGGGUGUCAGGCACUUCCUUACCUGCCUGGAUCCCACCCACCGAGCUGGCUGCUGCUAACUUUAGUGUGGACACAACUUACAGACCUCAUAUUCCCAUCAGCAAGCUGACUAUGUCGGAGUCCUAUGACACCUACAUCAGCCGCAGCUUCCAAGUAACACGGGAAAUCCUUACUGAGUGCAAAAGCCUGGGAAACACAGUAUUGAUUGUGGCACAUGCUUCCUCUUUGGAGGCGUGUACUCGCCAAAUGCAGGGUCUCAGCCCCCAGAACUCCAAAGACUUUGUACAAGUAGUACGAAAGAUUCCAUAUUUGGGUUUCUGUGCCUGUGAAGAGAUGGGUGAGACAGGGGUGUGGCAGCUUGUGGACCCGCCCAUCCUGCCCCUCACGCAUGGGCCCAAUCACAGCUUCAACUGGAGGGAAACUUUACUGCAGGACUGAGGUGCUUCGCCUCCUUUGGUUUAGUCCUUUGGCUCCGCCUUCUAUGCUCCUCCUCUAAGGGCAGCUGAGAAUUGUGCUGUCAACUACGCUCUUCUUCCACACCAUUGCAAGCGUGCAGCAUUCCAUCAUGAGCAGACCAAAACACAGGCCAGGCUUCCACAGAGCAGUCCCUACGCUGCUGCAGUACACCGUGCCGGCUCUAUACAUCUUUUUAUCUAUGGCAGCAAUGAUAUGUGUAAUGUCCGUGUCCGUAAAUGUGCUCAUAUGUCUAUCCCCCCUAUUAGAGUGCAAGCUUAUUGGUUAGCAGUCACGGAUCAAGGUCAAAGAUUGCUUUGAAGAGUUGUGGCAAAUUGGAAAGAAAGGAAACAAAAAGGCUCCACAGCAACACAUUCUGAGCAUAACAUGAAUCCAUCAAGUCAGCUGCAUUCAAAUAAGGCAGAAUUCACCGUACAUGUACAGGUGUGGAGCUUAAAGUGGACGAUGACCCACUCAGGUUUCAUGUCUCUGUAAGGAGGCCAUGUUGCACUGGCCACGUCACAUGUUCAAAAGUGCUGAGUCAUCAAAAAAAGGCUUCCAAGACUGUUGCCUGGUGGCCCGAGUCUUCUCGGCCUUGAUGUUUCUCAUCAAAUGAAGCAGUGAGGUCAAUUUGGCUGCCACCAAACACACUGUGAGAUAGCAUUUUGAAACAUCUCCAGACAACAAAGCACAAGAGAUGAACCCUAACGCAGACAAUCAGAAAGGACAAGCCAGGACCACUAGGAAGUAGCCGAUGCUUUUUGGACAGCUGAUUGUCUCCGUGCUGUGCUGCAACUUUUCACCUAGUUCGCCUCAGGAUGAUGGUUGGUAAAGGGCUUAUUUUAGCAAUUCAUGCUAAUGGGGGGAUAAAAAAUAAUCAUUGUUGCAUGCUAAGUAUUUUCCACAAAACGAAAGCUGUUUAUCGACUAUCUCUGCUGAAAAGAUCACAUUGUUUAGGUUCCACAUGGUUUAUAAACGCUUAGCGGGCCCUUUACAAGCCACAGGUCAAUCAGCAAGCCUUAUUUUUUUGCAUAGCGGAAAUCAACCAAACAGAGAAACUUGGAGAUUAGUCUACAAACAUGUACAUGCCUGUUCAUAGUAGCACAGUUCAAACUAUUUGGUUCUUUUCAUUCCUGAAUAGAAAAAAUAUGUAACUUCUUCUAUUUAUGUUAUUCAUAGCAUAACUUGCUAAGAAUUUUUCUGGUGCUUCGUAUAAAGUAUUUUUUGGUUUUGCUCUGUUAAGAAAACAGAGGAAUCAAGCUGUAGCAAAUCUGAACAUGCAGUUAUUGUUUUUUCCUCUAUUCUCGCACGCACUAUACAUAUCGGCCAUUGUGAGCCACUCCUUUUCCAGAUCUGUUCAGAUG